UCAACUCGGUAGAGUGAGGCAGUAAGAGUAGCCACAUACGUACAUAGAGAGGGAGUAUGGCAAGUGCUGCAGUGGGUGCAGGGGAGAAGCAUGAGUAUGAGGUGGGCGAUGAGAAGGUCGGCGGCGGACGUGGCGGGCAUGGAGGCGGUGAUGGUGGCGGGCAUGGAGGUGGUGGUCGGAGUAGUGGACGGAGGAGAAAGAGAAAGAGACUGGGUGAGUAUGUCCUGGUGCGUGAGGUUGGUGCUGGCGCUACGGGAACGGUUUGGCUCGCGGAACGGCGUGUGGAAGCGGGUCUCGGACCGCCUCUCUCGGGUGUCGUCAUCCGUGGUGAUGGGCGCCUGGUGGCUCAGGUGGCCAUCAAGUCGAUUGCAAAGGCAGAGCUGAAGCCAAAGGAUCUGAGGAGGAUUGCAAGGGAGAUUCUCAUCAUGCAACAGUUGAAGCAUCCCAACAUUGUUCAGCUCCAUGAGGUGCUCGAGACAAAGACCAAGCUCCAUCUGGUCAUCGAGUACUGUGCCGGCGGCGAGGUUUUUGAGCAUGUGGAGAAGCACGGGCCCAUGACCGAGGCCUACGCCAAGGUUGUUGUCCGCCAGGUCGCCGAGGCCCUCAAGUACUGCCAUCGUAACGGCGUGGCUCAUCGCGACGUCAAGCUGCAAAACAUUCUCAUGGACGCCUCGCAUCAGAUCGUCAAGCUCUCCGACUUUGGCAUGUCGUCGAUGGACGUGACGACCAAGAGCCUUCUUGCGACGGCGUGCGGGACGCCUUACUAUGUGGCGCCCGAGGUGACGUCGGGCCAGGGCUACCGUGGCUUCCCGGCGGACGUGUGGUCGCUCGGCGUCUGCCUCUAUGCGCUCAUUGCUGGCCAAUUUCCGUUUGACGGCACUUCAGUGCGCUCCGUACUGCAACGGGCGCGCGACGGUGUCUUUACCAUGCCCGGCAACGCGAGCGCCGAGCUUGUGGAGCUCCUCCGCAACACGCUCAACGUUGACGAGGACGCGCGGUGGACCAUCGACGACGUGCUGGCCUCGGCAUGGCUGGCCUCGCUCUCGGGUGGGCCGUCAGGAGGCCGGUCGGCACGGUCACUGUCGUCGGCAUCGGCGUCGUCCCCUCCGCUGUUGUCGGCGACGCUGCCGCUGCCCGGCACCGCAGACGCCGCCGGCGGGCCUUCGGGCGAGCGCUCGGAUGGCACUACCGACGACGACGAGCUCGACGACUGGGUGUGGAUCGACUCGACCUCGUCGGGCGCCAUCAACACGGUGGACAUUGCCAAGACGCGCGCCGCCGGGGUGCGGGUCGUCAUUCCGCCACGCCACCCGCCGGCGGUGCCGUCGGCGCCGGCCCGCGCGCCGGUGGUGCCGUCGGUUCCGGUCCCGGCCAUGCGAGCAUCGCGGCCGUGGAUGGAGGCGGGCGCACCGUCGAUGUCGUCGGUCCUCUCGGCGUCGUCCGACUCGUCGGUCGCGUGGACGCCGUCGGCGGCGGACAUGGCCCAUGGCACGUUUGUGGGCACGCCGACGCUUUUUGCCGAGCACCAGGGCCCGACGACAAUGUUUGCGACGCCGCCGUCGACCGCUCUCGCGCUUCCGCAAACCUACGAGCCCGAGGCCAACAUUGUGCUGCCCGACGAGCGGCUGUCAGACCGCGAGAUGUAUGCGUCGAUCUCAUCGGCAUGGACCCACACGUCGUCGACCGACUCGCUCGUCUCGUCAGAUGACGGCCACCUCGACCCUUCCAUCCUCCCGGACCGUCCCGGUGGGCUCUGGGCCCGGCGCGGCUCAGGCUCGGGCUCGGACUCGGGCCUCGGCGUGCGCGGACCCGACUCGUCGUCGGUCUCAAUCUCGCUCUCGCUCUCGGACGACCUCAUCCUCGGGCCUGUUCCGCCGGCCGCCGACUCACCGGCCGCCAAUCUUGCCGAGCUGCCGACGGCGCCGCCCAAGGUUUAGUCCCCUCUCGCAGCAUAGGGCAUCGGUCAUGAUGAAUGUUUAACGGCGUCGGGCUAAGCAAGGAGAUAGGGC